AUGGUCUCCACGCGACAUCAUCCCCGCGAGUUUCCCUCGCCGGAGAAAGCUGCGAAGGAACUCGUCAAGUCGUCGCCGGCGCCAACCACCAACGGCAACGCGCGCAAAUGGGUACACACCCCCUCCACCGCGCUGACGAUCUGGCUUGUCGUCUCGGUGCCCUUGGUCCUCUGGGAUGCAGGCUAUGUGUUGUUGCGACCGCAUAGUAUGCCCGGUGGCCGGCUGCACUCGCCCAUCUGGACUCCCUACGCGCUCUACGGGACCGUCGAUUACAUCUAUGGCUGGCCCGCUUUCAAUGCGCGCAAUGGGUUCACUGCCGCGCAGACCAUCUUGAACGUGAUCGAGACGCUGGGCUACAUCUACUACCUGUGGAUUGUGUACCGACACGGUGCUACGGUCGCAACUGGUCGCGACGCACCAAAGCUCAAGAAGGGUUUCGUGUGGUUGUUGACUGGCAAAAAGGUGGUGGCUGGACGGACUGGCGCGACCGCGCUUCUGAUUGCCUUCACGGUGUCCGUGAUGACUCUCAGCAAGACCCUGCUUUACUGGUUGAAUGAGUUCUUCUCGGGCUUUGAUAACAUCGGCCACAAUGACGCCGUCACGAUUAUCUUCCUCUGGGUUAUUCCCAACGGUCUUUGGAUCGUCUUCCCCGCCUAUAAUAUCUUCGUGCUCGGUGGAGAGAUCCUCAACUCUCUAGAGCAGACUCCACCGCGCCGGCCGGGUCGCCCCAAGUCCUCAUAA